CGCGCUGCGUUCUGCCGCGGCCCGACGGGAUCUUUCGAGAAGUCCCCCCCGCCCCGACGAGGCAGCGCCCGUCGCGCCGCGCAUUUAAACGGGCCGAGCCGCCGCUCCUCAGGCGCCUCUGCUCACUUUCCUCUCGCAACUAUGUCGGUAGUGGGCAUCGAUUUGGGUUUCCAGAGCUGUUAUGUGGCCGUGGCCCGCGCUGGCGGCAUCGAGACCAUCGCGAACGAGUACAGCGACCGCAGCACGCCAUCAUGUAUAGCCUUUGGACCCAAGAACCGCUCCAUCGGCGCUGCAGCUAAAAGCCAGGUUAUUUCAAAUGCAAAGAAUACAGUACAAAGUUUUAAAAGAUUUCAUGGUCGUGCAUUCUCAGAUCCCUUUGUUCAAGCUGAAAAAGCAAGCCUUGCCUAUGAACUUGUCCAGCUGCCAACAGGCUCAACUGGCAUCAAGGCCAUGUAUAUGGAAGAAGAAAGAAACUUUACUAUUGAGCAGGUGACAGGAAUGCUCCUUACCAAAUUAAAAGAGACUGCUGAGAAUGCUCUUAAGAAGCCUGUAGUUGACUGUGUUGUUUCUGUUCCUUCUUUCUACACAGAUGCAGAAAGGAGAUCUGUGAUGGAUGCUACACAGAUUGCUGGUCUCAACUGUCUGAGGCUAAUAAAUGAAACAACUGCAGUUGCCCUUGCCUAUGGAAUCUAUAAGCAAGACCUGCCUGCCUUGGAGGAGAAGCCACGGAAUGUUGUUUUUGUGGACAUGGGGCAUUCUGCAUACCAAGUUUCUGUUUGUGCAUUCAACAAAGGCAAACUCAAAGUUCUUGCUACAGCCUUUGAUACCACACUUGGAGGCAGGAAGUUUGAUGAGAUGUUAGUUGAGUACUUCUGUGAAGAGUUUGGAAAGAAAUACAAACUAGACAUCAAGUCCAAGAUCCGUGCCUUGCUGCGGCUAUACCAGGAGUGUGAGAAACUGAAGAAACUGAUGAGUGCUAAUGCCUCUGAUCUCCCCAUGAACAUUGAGUGCUUCAUGAAUGACAUUGAUGUCUCUGGAACCAUGAACAGGAGCAAGUUCUUGGAGAUGUGUGAUGGGCUCCUUGCAAGAGUAGAACCUCCCCUUCGCAGCAUACUGGAGCAAGCCAAGUUAAAGAAGGAGGAUAUCUAUGCAGUGGAGAUUGUUGGUGGCACCACAAGAAUCCCUGCUGUGAAAGAGAAGAUCAGUAAAUUUUUUGGCAAGGAAGUCAGUACAACCUUGAACGCAGACGAGGCUGUUGCACGAGGUUGUGCACUGCAGUGUGCUAUUUUAUCGCCGGCUUUCAAAGUGAGAGAGUUUUCCAUCACAGAUUUGAUACCCUAUCCCAUUUCUUUACGAUGGAAUUCACCAGCAGAGGAAGGGUUAAGUGACUGUGAGGUCUUCCCCAAGAACCAUCCUGCUCCUUUUUCCAAGGUCCUCACAUUCUACAGGAAGGAACCAUUUACUCUUGAAGCAUACUACAGCUCCCCCAAGGAGCUCCCUUACCCAGAUCCUGCUAUAGCUCACUUCUUGGUUCAAAAGGUCACUCCUCAAACAGAUGGCUCCAGUUCAAAAGUGAAGGUCAAAGUUAGAGUGAAUAUCCACGGUAUCUUCAGUGUGUCAAGUGCAUCUCUAGUGGAGGUUCAUAAAUCAGAUGAGAAUGAAGAGCCCAUGGAGACAGAUCAACAUGCAAAAGAGGAGGAGAAGAUGCAGGUAGACCAGGAAGAACAAAAGGCUGAAGAACAACAGCAGGCCCAACCUGAAAACAAGGCAGAGUCUGAAGAGAUGGAGACUUCUCAGGCUGACUCAAAAGACAAGAAAGUGGAUCAGCCACCUCAAGCCAAGAAAGCUAAAGUGAAGACUACUACUGUGGACCUUCCCAUUGAGAAUCAGCUGGUGUGGCAGAUUGGAAAAGAUAUGCUGAAUUUAUUCAUUGAGAAUGAGGGUAAGAUGAUAAUGCAGGAUAAACUAGAGAAGGAGAGGAAUGAUGCCAAGAAUGCAGUGGAAGAGUAUGUGUAUGAGAUGAGAGACAAACUCUGUGGGGUUUAUGAGAAGUUUGUUAGUGAAGAUGAUCGGAAUAGUUUCACGCUGAAGCUGGAGGACACAGAAAAUUGGCUUUAUGAAGAUGGGGAAGACCAACCCAAACAAAUCUAUAUUGAUAAAUUGACAGAGUUGAAGACUCUGGGUCAGCCUAUUCAAGCAAGGUUUCAAGAGUCAGAGGAAAGACCAAGAGCGUUUGAGGACUUAGGGAAGCAAAUUCAACAUUACAUGAAAAUUGUUCACGCGUUCAAAGCAAAGGAUGAACAGUAUGACCAUCUAGAUGAAGCAGAUGUGGGAAAAGUGGAGAAGAGUGCAAAUGAAGCCAUGGAGUGGAUGAACAAUAAACUAAAUCUUCAGAACAAGAGAAGUCUUACUUUGGACCCAGUUAUAAAAGCAAAAGAGAUACAAGCUAAAACUAAAGAACUGACAAGCAUUUGUAAUCCCAUAGUCACAAAACCAAAACCCAAAGUUGAACUCCCCAAGGAGGAGCAGAAACCAGCUGAACCCAAUGGACCAGUAGAAGGGCAAGGGGAUACCAACAAUGGGUCCCCACCUGCUGAGCCGAGUGCUGCAGGUGCUGCCCCCACAGCCCCUGAGAAGAAGCUUCCAGAAAUGGACAUUGACUGAACUGCAGCACUUGUUUAUAUUAUUGCAAACUACAAUAAAGCUUUAAGUUGUCAA